UUUUCCCCCAGCCUGGCUCCGCCAGAUCUGCGGGAGCCCCACUGCUCUCUGGCACCUUGGCUUGUGGCUGUAGGUCCCAUCGGGCCCGCCCUCGCUCGUCACUCCGGGACCCCCACGGCCCCCGCAGCUUCUGCGCGCCAGGCCGGGGCCAGAGACUCCCGGAUCUGUUCUUUCAUCUUCGCCGCCCCUGCGCGUCCAGCUCUUCUAAGACGAGAUGCCGUCGGGCUUCCAACAGAUAGGCUCCGAAGAUGGGGAACCCCCUCAGCAGCGAGUGACUGGGACCCUAGUCCUUGCUGUGUUCUCUGCUGUGCUUGGCUCCCUGCAGUUUGGCUACAACAUUGGGGUCAUCAAUGCCCCUCAGAAGGUGAUUGAACAGAGCUACAAUGAGACGUGGCUGGGGAGGCAGGGGCCUGAGGGACCCAGCUCCAUCCCGCCAGGCACCCUCACCACCCUCUGGGCCCUCUCUGUGGCCAUCUUUUCCGUGGGCGGCAUGAUUUCCUCCUUCCUCAUUGGUAUCAUCUCUCAGUGGCUUGGAAGGAAAAGGGCCAUGCUGGUCAACAACGUCCUGGCCGUGCUGGGUGGCAGCCUCAUGGGCCUGGCCCGCGCUGCUGCCUCCUAUGAAAUGCUCAUCCUUGGACGGUUCCUCAUUGGUGCCUACUCAGGGCUGACAUCAGGGCUGGUGCCCAUGUAUGUAGGGGAGAUUGCCCCCACUCACCUGCGGGGUGCCCUGGGGACGCUCAACCAACUGGCCAUCGUCACUGGCAUUCUGAUUGCCCAGGUGCUGGGGUUGGAGUCCCUGCUGGGCACUGCCAGCCUGUGGCCACUGCUCUUGGGCCUCACAGUGCUACCUGCCCUCCUGCAGCUGGUCCUGCUGCCCUUCUGUCCCGAGAGCCCCCGCUACCUCUAUAUUAUCCGGAAUCUCGAGGGACCUGCCAGAAAGAGUCUGAAGCGCCUGACAGGCUGGGCUGAUGUUUCUGGAGUGCUGGCUGAGCUGAAGGAUGAGAAGCGGAAGCUGGAGCGUGAGCGGCCAUUGUCCCUGCUCCAGCUCCUGGGCAGUCAUACCCACCGGCAGCCCCUGAUCAUUGCGGUCGUGCUGCAGCUGAGCCAGCAGCUCUCUGGCAUCAAUGCUGUUUUCUAUUAUUCGACCAGCAUCUUCGAGACAGCAGGGGUAGGCCAGCCUGCCUAUGCCACCAUAGGAGCGGGCGUGGUCAACACAGUCUUCACCUUGGUCUCGGUGUUGUUGGUGGAGCGGGCAGGGCGCCGGACGCUCCAUCUUCUGGGCCUGGCGGGCAUGUGUGGCUGUGCCAUCCUGAUGACUGUGGCUCUGCUCCUGCUGGAGCGAGUUCCAGCCAUGAGCUACGUCUCCAUUGUGGCCAUCUUUGGCUUUGUGGCAUUUUUUGAGAUUGGUCCUGGCCCCAUUCCUUGGUUCAUCGUGGCCGAGCUCUUCAGCCAGGGACCCCGCCCGGCAGCCAUGGCUGUCGCUGGUUUCUCCAACUGGACAAGCAACUUCAUCAUUGGCAUGGGUUUCCAGUAUGUUGCGGAGGCUAUGGGGCCCUACGUCUUCCUUCUAUUUGCGGUCCUCCUGCUGGGCUUCUUCAUCUUCACCUUCUUAAGAGUACCUGAAACUCGAGGCCGGACGUUUGACCAGAUCUCAGCUGCCUUCCACCGGACACCCUCUCUUUUAGAGCAGGAGGUGAAACCCAGCACAGAACUUGAGUACUUAGGGCCAGAUGAGAACGACUGAGGGGCCAGGCAGGGGUGGGAGAGCCAGCUCUCUCCACCCACCCCAGAGGCCCCUUCCUUUCCUCUGCAGCACUUCAACCCUCUCCUCCCUAUUACUUCCAGGUGGAAAAGAAGCCCUGCAGCCUGGGAGAAUUGGGAAGCUGGGGAAAGGGUGGUCUGAGCACCCCCUCAUUCCCCUCGUGUGACUCUUUUGGAUUACUUAUGUGUUGUGGUUAGGCCGUGGCCAUCAGGGUGGGCCACUCUCCCCCCCUCUUCUUUCCCCCUUCCCCUUGCCUCCCCACCCCCCAGACUCAGCUCCAGAAUACCUUCUUCCCUGCUAGAGAAGGGGGAUUGGAGGGAGGACAGGUCUAGACUUUCUCAGUGGGACAAACCAGAGCAGAGAGCAGGACAGGAGACAAGAAAUCCAGUUUCCCACCACCUUGGACUCCUCCCAGAAUCUGGGACUUUCACU